UCCAGGGCCCAGGUCCUCCUAACUUCUCUAUUGUCUGGUGAGUCACUUUUGCUUUCCUGUCGUUGCCUUCCGUGAAUUCUGCACACACCCCACAAGCACCCCGCACUCACUCCCAGCCCUCCGCCUGGGCUCCACACUUCCUAGCUGAGGUCGAGGUCGGUGGCCGUGCGGCUUCCAGCACCCAAUCCCCGGGGUUUGGGCGGGAGCGGGGCACACUGCAGCUCCAGCCCAGCGCCCCGGGGCCGGGCCCGUCUUUUGGGGCCACUCUCCUCCCCUCUUCCCACUGUGACGCGAGUCCCACUUCUGGGGCGGCUUGCGGGCGCUAGCCCUGGGGAUGGUGACACCAAUUCUGAGUUCAGCCCCAGGCGGGUGCGGAGUAGCGGCAGCUGCCCCCGUGCGUGGGGUCCCGGCGGAGGGGAGCGCGGAUCCGCAGAAGAGCCCUGAGCGCCGCCCGGAUGCUGCAGCCUAGUGGCCUCUGCCGGAGCGACGCGAGCCCCGGGGCCGAGCCUGCCCUGGGCGCGCUGGGGGCCGGAAGGGGGCUCUGGACUUGGAUCCCUCCCCCUCUCCCUCUGCGUGCCGGGGCACUCCUGCUCUCAGACCCUCCUCCUCCCAGGUACGAGCUGGGAGAGGAGGGUGCGUCUCUCCUUCCAGCGCUCCACCAUGGGCAAUAUCUCCAAUGACUCCUUGCCCGAGGACUGCGCGUCUCGGCAGUGGCUCUCCUCCGGCGAAAGCCCGGCCAUCAGCUCGGUGAUGUUCUCGGCCGGGGUGCUGGGGAACCUCAUUGCUCUGGCGCUGUUGGCACGCAGCUGGCGGGGGGAUGCGGGACGCAGCGCAGGACGCGGGAACUCUGUCUCUUUGUUCCACGUGCUGGUGACGGAGCUCGUGUUCACCGACCUGCUUGGGACCUGCCUCAUCAGCCCGGUGGUGCUGGCUUCCUACGCCCGGAAUCAGACCCUGGUGGCGCUGGCGCCAGAGAGCCGUGUGUGCACCUACUUUGCCUUCGCCAUGACCUUCUUUGGCCUGGCCACGAUGCUCAUGCUCUUCGCCAUGGCUCUGGAGCGCUACCUAUCCAUUGGGCACCCCUACUUCUACCAGCGCCGUGUCACACACUGGAGCGGCCUGGCAGUGCUGCCCACCGUCUACGUGGUCUCCCUACUUGUUUGCUCGUUGCCGUUGUUGAACUACGGGCAGUAUGUCCAGUACUGCCCCGGGACGUGGUGCUUCAUCAAGCACGGCCAAACGACGUACCUGCAGUUGUAUGCCACCCUGCUGCUGCUCCUCAUCAUCGCGGUGCUCGCCUGCAACUUCAGCGUCAUCCUCAACCUCAUCCGCAUGCACCGUCGGAGCAGGAGAAGUCGCUGUGGGCCCUCCUUGGGCAGCAGCCCGGACGCCCCUGGGACCCGCAGGAGAGGGGAAAGGGUGUCCAUGGCAGAGGAGACAGACCACCUCAUUCUCCUGGCUAUUAUGACCAUCACUUUUGCUGUGUGCUCCUUGCCUUUCACAAUUUUUGCAUACAUGAAUGAAACCUCUUCCCGAAAAGAAAAGUGGGACCUCCAAGCUCUUAGAUUUUUAUCAAUCAAUUCAAUAAUUGACCCUUGGGUGUUUGCCAUCCUUAGGCCUCCUGUUCUGAGACUAAUGCGUUCAGUCCUCUGCUGCCGGGUUUCAUUAAGAACACAAGAUUCAACACAGACUUCCUGUUCUAUACAGUGAAAUGUCAGUAAAUAGAUUGACCUUUGUGGACAGUAGUUAAGAAGUGCUUGGUUAGCCAGCGUCUGGAAGAUCAUUUUGAAAUGGCUCCUUGGAGAAAUGAAAAAAGUUAGUUUAUAAACAAAACGAAGCUACCCUAAUAAAACAGAGUAAACAGACGGUUCAGCAGCAGUUUGAGCUGCAGAGGUGCUGACAAGGCACUUCACAGAAGGUGUCAGAAGGAUAUAUAAAAGCUAUAUAACAUUCUGUUUCCAGGGAGAGCAUGUUACAUGGUCUCUGAGAAGAAACCAGCUGCAUUCAGGAUCCAGUUGACUUUUGAUUUAAGCUUUCCUGUUGAAUGAGAGAGCAUGUGGUUUUGUAAUUUGUUUAAAACCCUAAGUAGUUACUGUGUUUUCUAUUUUAAUCUUUUACGUUACUGCCGCUAUAAACAAACAGACAGUAUACAGUUAGGCAGAUAAAACUUCGCAUGUAUUCCCUAGGAAGUCCAUAUGAGGAAGCAACCAAGCCUGGUGUCUUGUGAUUGCUUAAGAAACCCUUUGGCCAGUGAAUUUGGAAAUCACAGGCACUUGGUAGUGUCAUAUUUGUGCACGUGGGGGGACUCUCUCAUCACUACAGUAUUUCGCGUGGAAAAGUAAGUAAGCUCAGCUGGGUGAUGUCACCUUUUCACUCCUCCUCUGGAAGCUGGGUGUCAAAGUAUCAGGUUAUUUAUUUUAUAAUGUCCGUUGUGCCAACAGUACUCAAGAACAUUUUUGGAACUUUCCUCUCAACAUGAAAUAAUAGGCUAUUGAGAGAGUUAAUUCUGAUUAAUAUUCUUCAUUCUGUCUCCAGGGAGAUGAUAGGGGGCUAUGUCUACAACCUAAUGUUAGAAUUAAGAAUGGAAAAAUCUGAUCAUUUCUCAGUAAACUCUGAAACUCUUGUAAGGCUCAUGCUAAGGCUGUGACUAACAUCUACUUUAUAAGGUGAUUGUGUUGUAGGAAAACUCAUGUAUCUACAUUUUUAUCCAGGAAGCAUGGUUUGACUCAUACAGUAUAGGAAAUAAUGCAACAGUGAGUCAUAUCGUAAUAUGUUUCUAAAUCUAAAUGUUUGCCAUGGCAUAAACCCGGCAUUAAAAUAUUUCAGUGAAUCUGCACUGCUUAAUUAUCUUAGUUCCUGCAUAAACUCAUCUGAAAUGUUACAAAAACAAACUAUGAAACAAAAAUUUAGAAAUGGAACAGUGUUGAUGAGUUCCCCCAAAUAACAGUUUAUAGAGUAGAUAUAUUUGUUAGAGAGAUAAAAGUGGAAAAAUUAUAUUUAUUAUGGCAGUUUUUCAAAGUAUGGUUUCAUUGUAAUUUAAAUGUUAAAAUAGUAUAGUACUUGGUAUUAGGGUAUUUUGUUUUCUUACGACAGGACCUUCAGAAUAGUAGAGCCACCUUAUUUAUUUAUUUAUUUUGCUGUGUGUUAUUACAGGAUAGCUAUUAUAAAAAACCAAAAAGGGGAUGUUAGUUUUUUCCAAGGUCUCAUUGAGUUGCUUACGCAAAACCAUUUCCUAUAAGUAAUUAUCAAACUAGGUGAUCACUUAAAGUGAUUCCAAACCAAUCUACCAUCAGAAUAUUUUGACACAAUCUAUGUCAAAUCAGCUCUUAUUUUUAAAAGAAUAAAUAAGUGGUUUGCUUUUCUACUGAUUUAAACAAACCAGCCAAAUUUAACUUAACUGAAAUCUGAACAUGUAAAUAAAUCUUCCCUGCAAAUGAGUAUUCUAAAGUUAAGAAAUUGUUCUAAACAGAACUAAUAACUACACUCGUGGGUAAUUCCUAAACAUAAAAUUCUGAAGUUACGUUGAAUCUGGAAGAUUGAUUUCUUUUAUCAGAUGACUAUUUUUUCCUCCAAAUGAAAAUGUUAACUAUAGUCCUUCACUCCACUUCACCAUCACCCCAAAAUUCUGGAAUAAUGCCUGAGAACCUUAAAGGAAAAAAAACAAGAAAAGGCAUAGUUGGACAUAGUAUCCCUAGGGGGAACAAAAUGAUUUACUCUGGGAGCCCAAUAUAUAAAAGUUUAAGCCAUUUAUUUAAGAACUGGUAGGUUUCUAGAGCUUAGUUUCCUGAUGUAUUCCUGUUCUUUGUACUGUAUUAAAAUGGCUAAAUCUUG